UGCUGUACGCGCUGGUGCUGAUCAAUGCUGAUUGGAAGAAGAGACUAUUUAGAUAUCGCGAUAAACACCACACCGAGGCGGCAAGCUCAAAACAACACCAAGGCGUUUAGAAAUGGAGCGGCUCAAUCGCAACGGAAGUAUUUGUAGGCGUUUCCUCAGUGGUAAUUGUAUUUAUGGUGAUGGAUGCCGAUUUCGACAUGUAAGACCAACUCAAAUGUGUAGGCACUUUCUGAAAGGGGACUGCUGGUUUGGUGACCGCUGCAAGUUUCUUCAUGUUUUUCCAUCUGGAGGAAGACUCUCGUUCUUCUCCUCUGUGGCCCCUGGUCUCUCAGAGAGGAGUGUAUCUGAGCACACAGUGGUACAGGCAGACAGUCAUGGACCAAACACUUCUUCAAAUCAGGCCAGCAAUGUGGCAAUGAACACAAUCGAAGCCCAUUCACUAGAAAGACGAUUCAGACAGAUGGAUUUAGCACAAAGUUCAGAAACUGGAAGAUUGUUGCAGAGAAAUGUUCCAAAUGAGGAAAUGGAAGGUGCUACAGCUGGUCCUUCACAAUCUGCAGACAGGGCUCAAGCCAUUCUCCGCAGUAAAGACAUGUCCUGUGGAAUCUGUAUGGAUAAGAUUUUUGAAAAGCGAGAACUGGGCGAACGCAGGUUUGGCAUCUUGCCAAACUGCAAUCAUACAUUUUGUUUAAAAUGUAUUAAAACCUGGAGGAAGACGAGACGGCUUUCACCCGAUGUUGUCAAGAGUUGUCCCCAGUGCAGAGUGAAAUCUGGAUUUUAUGUGCCACACGACUACUGGGUUGAAGGACAAGAAAAAGAAUCCUUAAUUGCUGCUUUCAAAAACAAGUUUAGCAAGAAAACAUGUGAUUUCUAUCUGCGACAAGGCCGUUGCCCAUUUAAAUCUGACUGUCUCUACCGUCAUGAUAAAAAGUUGCCACCACAUGAGAUUUCUGAGGACACGGACGACUUGUACACUUCAGAUGUGCUCAACCUUUUAUUAGCCAUGGCUCUUAUAGACAGCGAUGAUGAGGACGAUGAUUAUGAUGAGGAGUUUAACAUCUUUGACAUGCCAUUAUAUUUGAUUCGAGAGCACGUUCUUCACCCUUAGGAUUUUUUGACUGCCCAAACUAUAUAGCAUUAAUUUAGCUAAUUUUCCUUUUUAUACAAUUUAUUAAGGCUGAACAUGGCUAGCUUAAGUUGGGUGUGUUGAAGUUUCAAGACAUACUUAGAAUGGAGAAUGAUUUUUUUUUUAGACAGACUCAAGAGUUCUUUUGUCCCAGCAGUGAGAUUACUGUUAUGGUCUAGUUUCAACACACAACUUCUUUGUAGAGUUGCUAUCUUCCUUGUUAAUAUGAAAAUUGUUCAAAGAGGAAAAGUGGUUGAAUUUGUGCUGCUUAACAAAUUUUUUUUACCCCCAUCCCUGCCCAAGUACUUCAAAUGUGUUGCACAUUGUAAUUUCCCCUAGCAUUGUCAGUUAGUGCUCUUAUCUGAACCUCUGCCCUAGCAUAUUUGCACCAUAUUUGAUAUUUUAACAUUGUGUGGCUGGUAUGUUUAUUGCUCCACAAAUCAAAGAAUAAUAUUUACAUGUUAGACUUUUAUUUCUUUUAAACAAGCUGUACUUGUACACAGAAAAUAAACAUGCUUCAC